AAUGAUUGGCUGAGCUCUUUUGCGUCAUAUGCACUGUACGUCGUCUUUACCGAAGUGCAGCACGAUGGGACGAAUUAGGGAGUUAUCGAUUCUUAUUUUGUCUUUUUGGCAUGUAAUAUUUGUAACUGGUGCCGAUGAAAUUUUGGUUGCAUGUGGGGGGUUCGUAAAGUCCGAUGUGGACAUUAAUUAUUCACUCAUUGAGAUAAAGCUGUACACUAAACAGGGCUCUCUGAAAUACCAGACUGACUGUGCACCUAUCAAUGGUUACUUCAUGAUCCCACUCUAUGACAAGGGUGAUUUUGUUUUAAAAAUAGAACCACCUUCAGGAUGGAGCUUUGAGCCAACAGCGGUUGACCUACACAUUGAUGGAAUUAAUGACAUCUGCACUAAAGAACAAGACAUCAAUUUCUUGUUUACAGGGUUUUCGGUCUUGGGAACUGUCUUGAGUAAGGGGCAUUUGUUGGGCCCUGCGGGAGUUGAAAUUAGUUUGAGGAAAUCAGGAGAAGAUGGUGUUCUUCAGAAAGUCCUCACAACAACAUCAGGCCAGUAUACCUUCCACAAGGUGCUUCCAGGAGGUUAUGACAUCACAGCCUCUCAUGCCUCAUGGACCCUGGAGCAGAGCUCAACAACUGUGGUUGUGUCAAAUGAAAAUGCCCCUGCUGCAGCCCCCCUUGUGGUAAAAGGCUAUGAUGUCUCUGGUGAGGUGCAAAGUGAUGGUGAACCCAUGAGAGGAGUCAAUUUUCUCCUCUAUUCUUCCAGUGUAAUGCAGGAGGAUAUUAUUGGCUGCAAUGUGGCUCCAGUAGAUGGGGCUUCAGCUGGCAAUCCCUUCCUCAAGUAUUUGUGCAGUGCCCAAUCACGUGAGGAUGGCACCUUCUCUUUUCCCUGCCUUCCUAGUGGUGAAUACACUGUGAUCCCGUAUUACAGAGGAGAGAGAAUCACUUUUGAUGUUGCCCCUUCUCGUCUAGACUUUAAAGUACAGCAUGACAGUUUGAUGUUGGAGCCAGUAUUCCGGGUCAUGGGAUUUUCGGUGAUGGGCAGAGUUCUGAAUAGCCCCAAUGGAGAAGGUGUUGCAGAUGCAGUUGUGAUGCUCAAUAAUCAAAUUAAAGCGGAAACUAAAGAUGAUGGAUCAUUUCGGUUGGAAAAUAUGACUACAGGCACUUACACCAUUAACACCCAAAAAGAGCUGAUGUUCUUUGAGCCAGUAACUGUCAAGAUUGCGCCCAGCACUCCUCAGCUGCCAGACAUCAUCACUGCAGGGUUUAGCAUGUGUGGCCAGAUCUUAAUCAGCCGUCUUCCUGAGGGUGUUAAGCAGCUUGGACGCUACAAAGUUACACUCUCGGCCCAGAGGCAAGAUGAGGGCUUUUUCCGCACUGUCGAAAGUGACAAUCAAGGAGCAUUCUGCUUUCAAGUAAAACCAGGGGACUACAGCGUGCAGGUGACUCUGCCUGAAGCUGAAAUGAAGGCUGGACUUGCUCUGCAGCCCCACUCUCUUGAUGUCUCACUAGUGGACCAUCCUAUCACUGACCUAAUUUUUACCCAGUUUAUAGCAUCGGUCUCUGGCUCUGUGUCAUGUCUCGUGGCAUGUGGAGAUCUGACCGUCACCCUUCAGCCCAUGAGCAGACAAGGAGAGAGCCAGAAUAUCCAGCUUUCUGGCAGAAGUGAAACCCUUAGCUUUGCUUUCAGUAAUGUGCUACAUGGCAAGUACAAAGUGGCGAUCACCCAGGAUGAGUGGUGCUGGAAGCACAAGUCCGUGGAGGUUGAUGUACUGGACUCAGAUGUUCAGGGAGUGGAAUUCAGACAGACUGGAUACUUGCUCCGCUGCACACUGUCCCAUGCCAUCACUUUGGAAUUUUUCCAAGAUGGAAGUACACCAGAGAAUGUUGGCAUUUACAACCUGUCUAAAGGAGUCAAUCGCUUCUGUCUGUCCAAACCAGGUGUUUACAAAGUGACCCCACGUUCCUGCCACCAGUUUGAACAGGACUACUACACCUACAACACCUCUGCCCCAAGCAUUUUAACCCUUACUGCUGUCCGACAUCACAUGACAGGACUCAUCACAACUGAUAAGAUGUUGGAUGUUACAGUCACUAUUAAAUCUUCCAUUGAGAGUGAGCCUGCUUUAGUUCUGGGACCCCUUCUCUCAGUUGAGGAGCAGCGACGAGAGCAACAGCUCCAGGAAAUAGCUGCCCAUAUGAAGGAGAAGGAGAAAAGAGGAGAAGAACAGAGCCCACCUGUGCUAGAGAACCUGGAGGAACUUCACGAGCCUUUCCACUACGAGUUCUCCUACUGGGCACGAGCCGGGGAGAAAAUUACAGUCACACCCUCAUCCAAAGAAUUUCUGUUUUACCCGCCUGAAGUAGAUGCUACAAUCACUGGAGAAAACUGUCCGGGACAGAUGGUGGAGAUUGCAGGUCGAGCAGGGCUGUUUCUCACGGGGCAGGUGUCGCCUAUGCUGGAGGGGGUGGAAAUCUCCAUUAAGGAAAAUGGAGCCACAACCCCUCUCAUUACGGUUCUUACUGACGAGAAUGGAAGCUACAGUGUUGGACCCCUACAUAGUGACUCUCAGUAUCACAUCAGUGCUAGUAAAGAGGGCUUUGUCCUGACCCAUGUGGAAGGAAAGACAGGAGACUUUAAGGCAUUUGCUUUGGCAGGUGUCACUUUUGAGAUAAAGGCAGAGGAUGAUGUCCCUCUCUCUGGGGUUCUGCUAUCUUUAAGUGGGGCCAACUUCCGCUCAAACUUGCUUACUCAGGACACCGGCCUCCUAACCUUUAACAACCUGAGUCCUGGACAGUAUUAUUUUAAGCCCAUGAUGAAGGAGUUCCGCUUCGAGCCCUCAGCACAGAUGAUCACAGUAGAGGAAGGCCAGGUCCUCCAUAUUCCCAUUACUGGCUUCAAGACAGCUUACAGUUGCUAUGGGACAGUGCAGUCACUAGGUGGCGAUGCAGAGCAGAGUGUUGCAGUGGAAGCAGUGGGCCAGGGAGAGUGCAGCAUUUACAGCGAGGACACAGUAACUGAUGAGGAAGGCCGCUUUAGACUCAGAGGCUUACUGCCUGGGUGUAACUACAACAUUCAACUGAGAGGAGAAGGAAAUGAUCAUAUAGAGAGAGCUCUCCCGUCGCACAAAACAAUUGAAGUGGGCAACAGUGAUAUUGAAGGAAUAAACAUUAUCACUUUCAGGCAGAUCAAUCAGUUUGAUCUGAGCGGCAAUGUUGUCACUUCCUCUGAACAUCUUUCAACUCUCUGGGUAAAGCUCUACAAGAGUGACAACCCCGACAAUCCCAUCCAGAGUGUGUCGCUUGGCCAGUCACUGUUCUUCCACUUUGCCCCCCUCCCGCGUGAUGAAGAGACCUAUGUCUUGAUGCUGGACACAUCGCUGUCUGGAUCCCAGUAUGAUUUCAAGCUUCCACAGGUCUCCUUCACAUCCUCUGGUUACAACAAACACGUAACACUCACUUUUAACCCAAAGAGAAAAGUACUUGAUCAAGAUAUUGCCCAGGGAUCGUACAUUGCCCUUCCUCUGACACUGCUGCUGUUACUUGCUGUGUAUAAUCAUGAGCGGGUGAUCCCAUUUCUUCUGCAGCUGUUCAAUCAGAUCCAGGGUGUUCGUGGACUUGCUCAAACAAGCGGAGAUGGAGUUGCUGUGGAUGAAGCCAAACGCCAAUCAAAGAGGCCAAAAAUGAGACGCACAUGAGACCCACAGUAUGAAUGCCAAGCCUGCCACGGCAUUCAGGUCUCACAAGCCUCUAGAUCAUGUCUGCCUGACUGCCUGAGUUCUAUCAUAUAAAUGUAAAUAGGGUCACCAGGUUUCAUUGACAUCUUAAAGGGAUAGUUCACUUUAAAAUGAAAAUUCUGUCAUCAUUUACUCAUCCCCAUGUUGCUCUAAACCUGUAUGAAUUUCUUUUUUCUGAUGAACACAAAAGAAGAUAUUUUGAAAAAUGAUGGUAAACACACAGCAGUAAGUGGCCAUUGACUUCCAUAGUAGGAAAAAAAAUUAGUAUUGUGAUAAAUGAUGAAGAAAAUAUUUUGAUAAAUGAUGGUAAGCACACAGUUGACGGUACCCAUUAAAUUCUAGCAUAUUUUUUAUUCCUACUAUGGAAGUCUAUGGUCACUUACUGCUGUGUGUUUACCAUCAUUUCUCAAAAUAUCUUCUUUUGUGUUCAUCAGAAAAAAGAAAUUCAUUCAGGUUUAGAACAACAUGAAGAUGAUUAAAUGAUGACAGAAUUUUCAUUUUAAAGUGAACUAUCCCCUUAAGUGUUAUCAAAUAAUGUCUUGCAUAAUUCUUUGACUCUGAGGUUCUUUUACUGUGGUUUAGUUUCCAUAGUAUUUUGGUCGCACAGAUUUGUAUCCCUAUUUUUUGCAGUCCCUUAAAUAUGUGAAUGUGGCUCAGGGAUGCUGUGUGUGGUUGUGUAUUUAUGUUUGUGAGAGAUUGCUCGGGGGAGAAUGGCUGAUUUAAUGACUACAAAUGUGUGUGCGUUGUUUUCUUACUGGUAUUUGAAGUUAAAACCUAGUUAAUUGAUUAUGAUUCCAAUAGUUUGCUUGGCUAAAUGAGUUAUUUAUUAACAAUUAUGUCCAAUACAAUUUUGUCAUUACUACAUUUUAUAAAUCCCCUACUCCCACUAAAGGUUAUCAGUUCAGUUUUUAUCACAUCUAAAUUACUUGAAUUUAUACAAUUUAUUAGCAAUUUACAGAAAUGUUUUCAUUAAAUUUAGUACGUGUGUUUUUUGUUAUUUUGUUAAAACACACAAAACAUAACUAAAUACUUAAAAUAAAUUUUUUUAGACAUUUCCCAAAUAAAUCACUUGAUGGUUAUUGUUUAAUGGGUUUAGUACUUUGUCAUUCCACAGCAUUAAAAAUGAUCAUGACUUUAUAAAUUGCA